AUGAUUAUCUCCGAUUCUCCUUUAUUCAAAGAAUAUGCCCGAUCGGUUCUGAGCCCCGAGUCUCGGCCUGCAAGGGCGUUUUAUUCACCCUUCGGCAUUGUGGAUAUUGUGGUACAGCAUUUAGUAGAUUUUGCUAAACUCGAAACCACCCAGUUCAAGAUCAGUAACGCUACUGCAGACUCCUUCAAUCUCGCCGUCGAGGGCCGUGUGGUCGGCACAGGGACCUUCUCCAGUACCAUAGAGGCAACGGAUGCCAGCCUAGCAUUCAACGGUCUUAUUUUCGGAAAGAUCAGACUACCUCAGAUCCGAACGAGUUUCUGGGGAACAAAUCUUGCUGUCCAGGAGCAGCGGGUUGAUAUCACCGACAGUGCUACCUGGCAUGCCUUUAUUCGAAGCCUCAUCGUCGAUGAUAACACCAGCCUUCAGGUCGAAAGCAAAGAGUGCACAGUGAGAGCACUGGGUACUUCAUCGACAUGCGACUUGCACCUUGAAAUGCCGCUCAAGGCUACGGGGGGGCCACGGGUGUUACUCAAAAAGAUUGUUCGUGUGGGCGAGAGGGUUACAGCGGUAUUCAGCUUGGAAUACUCAGGGCCUGUGGAAAUCGACUACGGCCAUUGUGCAUUUGAGUUCCGAAAUGGCCACAAUGAGACAUUGGCAGAGUUGAAAGGCGACUUGAACCUCGUCCAGGACCAGGCUGUCCUUACUUUGCACGGCACGAUGCGAGAUGGGGUAACAGUUUCCUCGAAUAAGAUCAGGUUAGUAGGAGUUGAUGUACCAGAGAGGGAGAAGUCGUGGCUCAGCGCGACAGUAAGAGAGAUCGACACUGUUUUCAACCUAGAACCGAGAUACGCGGAACAGCUGUAG